AAUCUCAACUUCUCUGUGUAGUGCAUAGACAUCACAUCCGCCACAACCGGAAAUUGAAGAUGUACGGAACAAUGUCCGCUGAGAUGACGGUUGAUGUACCGGCAACUGAAGCGUGGAAGCUCUACGGCACUCUACAGCUCCCCAAAGUGGUGGAGGAAGCCAACUCCGACUUUAUCAGCCGGGUCGACGUCGUCCAAGGGGACGGCGGCGCCGGAACCAUUCUCGAGGUCGUUUUCCGUCCAGGGAUGGGAGGGGGAAUGAAGUCGUUCAAGGAGAAAUUCAUGGUGGUGGAUAACGAGAAGCGUGUGAAGGAGGUAGAGGUUGUGGAAGGAGGAUUUCUGGAUCUAGGGUUCACGCUGUAUCGUAUGAGAUUCAAUGUGAUAGAGGUGGAGGGAAACGAGAAGCGUGUGAAGGAGGCAGAGGUUGUGGAAGGUGGAUUUCUGGAUCUAGGGUUUACGUUAUAGCGUAUGAGAUUCAAUGUGAUAGAGAUGGAGGAAAACGAGAAGUAGUGUAUAACUCGAUCUACGAUCGAGUACGAGCUCAAAGAAGAAGCUGCAGCGAAUGUUGAAAUCGCUUCCAUUAAACCAUUCACUGGUCUCAUGCUACUCUGUGCUAAGUAUUUGCUCCGCAACAAUGACAAUUGAUCAACUAUAGCCGCAACAAUGACAAUUGAUCAACUAUUAACUUGGUACUGCGUGUUUUACUUUCAUGUUUGCUAAAAUAAAUUUCUAUCCUCCUACUAUAUAUCUCUGUAUUUCAUUU